AUGCCACCUGUCAGUGUCCAUCAAUGUCACCUGUCAGUGCUCAUCAAUGCCACCUGUCAGUGCCACAUCAAUGCCACAUAUCAGUGCCCACCAGUGCACAUCAAUGCCACAUAUCAGUGCCCAUCUGAGCUGCCUUUCAGUGCCACCUAUCAGUGCCAGUCAGUGCCACCUAUCAGUGCUGCCAAUCAGUGCCACCUAUCAGUGCCAGUCAGUGCCGUCUAUCAGUGCGCAUCAGUGCCGCCUAUCAGUGUUGCCUAUCAGUGCUGCCUAACAGUGCCAUCAGUGCCACCUAUCAGUGCCAGUCAAUGCCGCCUAUCAGUGCCGCCUAUCAGUGCCAUAUAUGAGUGCUGCCUUUCAGUGCCCAUCAGUGAUAUCUGUCAAUGUGCAUCAGUG